AUGACUGGGAGGAGGAACUCCCAACAGAGAAAAGACCGAGAGUCAGUGUCCUCUCCCACAGAUCUAAUGGAUAUGGAUCUAAGCACCAUGUCAGAAAUAGAUUUCAGGGUAGCAGUUAUGAAGACAAUAGUCAGGCUGGAGAAAAUUAUUAAUGGCAACAUAUAUUCCUUAAUGGCAGAAAUGAGAGCAGAUCUGCAGAGAGCCCUGAGCAGCUCCACUGCUGCCGCCGGCCUAGUUACCAUCACACCCCGGGACAAGCCGCAGCUGCCACAACCGGCCCCAGUCACCAUCACCGCAACCAGGAGCAGCGAGGCCGAGACCCAGUAGCCGCCCGCCGCCCCACCUGCCGCCCCCGCUCUAAGGGCUGCAGACACCAAGUCGGGCAUCGCUGGCAGCGCCGCAGGGAGCGACGGCCCUGUCGGCCUCACACUGGUGGCGCCUGCUGGAGGGGACAAGAAGGUCAUCGCAACAAAGGUUUUGGGAACAGUAAAAUGGUUCAAUGUAAGAAAUGGAUAUGGUUUCAUCAACAGGAAUGACACCAAGGAAGAUGUAUUUGUACACCAGACUGCCAUAAAGAAGAAUAACCCCAGGAAGUACUUUCGCAGUGUAGGAGAUGGAGAGAUUGUGGAGUUUGAUGUUGUUGAAGGAGAAAAGGAUGCGGAGGCAGCAAAUGUGACAGGCCCUGGUGGAGUUCCAGGGCAAGGCAGUAAAUAUGCAGCAGACCGUAACCAUUAUAGACGCUAUCCACGUCCCAGGGGUCCUCCACGCAAUUACAAGCAAAAUUACCAGAAUAGGGAGAGUGGGGAAAAGAACAAGGGAUCGGAAAGUGCUCCCGAAGGCCAGGCCCAACAGCGCCGGCCCUACCGCAGGCGACGGUUCCCACCUUACUACGUGAGGAGACCCUAUGGGCGUCGACCACAGUAUUCCAACCCUCCUGUGCAGGGAGAAGUGAUGGAAGGUGCUGACAACCAGGGUGCAGGAGAACAAGGUAGACCAGUGAGACAGAAUAUGUAUCGGGGUUAUAGACCACGAUUCCGCAGGGGUCCUCCUCGCCAAAGACAACCUAGAGAGGAUGGCAACGAGGAGGAAAAUCAAGGAGAUGAGACCCAGGGUCAGCAGCCACCUCAAUGUUGGUACCGCCACAACUUCAAUUACCGACACAGACGCCCAGAAAACCCUAAACCACAAGAUGACAAAGACACAAAAGCAGCCGAUCCACCAGCUGAGAAUUCGUCUGUUCCCGAGGCUGAGCAGGGCGGGGCUGAGUAAGUGCCGGCUUACCAUCUCUACCAUCAUCCGGUUUAGUCAUCCAACAUGAAGAAAUGAAGAUGAAAUUCCAGCAAUAAGAAAUGAACAAAAGAUUGGAACUGAAAACCUUAAGUGCUUGCU